AUGUCUGAUACAAACCAAAAGACAUUCACGAUUGAUGAUUUAAAGUCUCAUCAAUCAGCAGAUAACAUGUGGCUUUUGAUUAAUGGAAAAGUCUACGAUUGUACAAAGUUCCUCGACGAUCACCCAGGUGGUGAUGAAGUUAUCAUCUCUGAAGGCGGUAAAGACGCUACAGAAGCUUUCGAUGAUAUUGGCCACUCGGACGAAGCUAGAUCUCAAUUAGACAAGCUUUACAUUGGUGACUUUGAUGGCCCUUCAAAAUCGUCUUCUUCUUCCACAAAGACUGGCUCUAAAUCAUCAGAUACGAGAGCUUCUUUAAUCAACAACCUGCUAUUCCCAUUGGUCGCUAUCGCUGCUUAUCUCGUUUGGCGCAUCUACUUUGCAAAGUAA